CCGCUUUCUUCCCUUUUGGCCCCGGCGACUCGCCAUAGCCCGUGUAGAGGCAUUCGCUAGUUGAAGCGAUGGCGAGUGGGACGCCAGAUUCUCAAGCGCGGUUCGGUCAGUCCGUAAAGGGGCUUCUCACGGAGAAAGUGAACACCUGCGGUACUGACGUGAUCGCGCUCACCAAGCAGGUGCUGAAGGGCUCCCGGAGCUCCGAGCUGCUAGGUCAAGCAGCUCGAAACAUGGUACUACAAGAAGAUGCCAUCUUGCACUCAGAAGAUAGUUUAAGGAAAAUGGCAAUAAUAACAACACAUCUUCAGUAUCAGCAAGAAGCUAUUCAGAAGAAUGUUGAACAGUCAUCAGAUCUACAAGACCAGCUGAAUCAUCUGUUGAAAUAAAAUGGCAUAUAAGUGGGCAAUAGCACUUCCUUCGCCUAAUGCUGAGGAGGAAAUAGCUUACACAACCAUUAUGCUUUGGGUUUGGCUUUUUAUUUUCUUCUCUAAAAGUUAAAUUUUCAAAGAUUUGUGUUGAUGUAAAGUUUCUCCGGAAAAGAAAACGCUGUUGAAUCGGACUAACCCAUGCUCUUAACUGAAUUUUUUAAGUUGCUCUGUUCAAUUGUUUAAAUUAAAAGGCAUCUUAGUUUUUCCUAUGCAAUUUUUUAGACAGGAUGUUGCUAUACUGUGCAGGCUGAUCUGGAACUCCAGGCCUCAAGCAGUCCUCCUGUCUCAGCCUCCCCAGUAGCCAGGAUUAUAGGUGCCAGCCACUGCGUCCAACACUAGAAAUCUUAAUAUAUCAAAAGCCAUAUUGUCUAAGUUGCAAUACUUAAGCAAAUGCUGAGUAUCAAAACAGGAGCUAUUGUGAACACAUGAGAAUGAUUAAUAUUCUUUUUAAAAACUCAAAAAAAAUUAAUCAUUCAUUUAGGAAAUACUGUAAUUUAAUGGUUGCAGAAUGAUAGGUAAUACCUGGUUGUUUUCUUUUCUAGUAACUCAGAGGAGAUACAUAUUUUAUUUGUUGUAGCAAAUUCCUAAAUGAAAAUUAGGCAAGUGGUAUCAUAUCUGGCCAGCUGCAGCUUCUUGCCUUGACCUGCAUUCCUGAGGUUUCUUUAUGGUUGUUAUUCUUGAUUAAGUGACCUUGGGUUCACUUUGUAAUUUUGCUAAUCAUCAGCAAAUUCACUUGUGUGAUGUUAUUGCCAAAGGUGAAGGCAGCUGAUUGAUUAUGAGUUAUGAGUGAUUGUAACAUGGGAUUGUGCCAUGGUGAAAACCUUAACAUUUGGAUUUGUUUAUGUUUAUUGAAUUCAUCUUGUUAAAUAAUAUUACCAUGAAUCUUUUGUCAAACCUGAAUAUUUUUGUUUGAAUUUAAAAUGGAACUAUCUUGUUCUAGUGCAGGUCUUUACUUAGGAAGGGGAUUGAGAGAAAGCUAACAUAAGAAAAUAGUGUUUUAAUUGAAAGAAUAAAGAGCAACCUUAUAAAGAUAUACAACUAUUAUGUACCCAUGAUAAUUAAAAAUAAAAAAAGAAAAAGAAAAAAGCA